AUGCUCUUCUCCGCUGUCUUCGCUCUGGCCGGCCUUGCCGCUGCCACGCCUGUUGCCCGUGGCCUCACCGACGUCACCUUCGUCGAGAACCUCAGCGUCCGCAAGAUCCAGUCUGGCAACACCACCACCAUCAACAGCUUUAGCCUCGACCUCAGCAACCCCGACUAUGCCAACACCACGUGCACCAUGAUUGACGCUGCCGGUGCCCCCCCCGUGACUGCUCAGUGCGAGGACAGCAACGGCGAGGUCAUCUCCUACAGAGCCACUAUCUGGGGAAGCUCCGACAGCAACGGCGCCGGCUACAGCGUUGAGGUUGUCCACAGCCUGGGUGCCCUCACCAAGAUUGGCCAGGAGGAUGUUCCUGUCUAUUGCCGCGCUGGUGGCGCUGGCCCCGACGACUUCGUCUGCAACCAAGUCGGUGGCUCCGUCGAGAUUGACCUCAACUUCGUAUAA